CCUUCAAAAGAGUCCACCGUCACAAAACAACACGAGAGAUGGCUGGAUACAGGGCUGGCGGCGAAGAUGAGUAUGAUUAUCUGUUCAAGCUCGUGUUAAUAGGAGAUUCCGGUGUCGGAAAAUCGAAUCUACUAUCUAGGUUCACCAAAAAUGAAUUCAAUCUAGAGUCAAAGUCCACCAUAGGCGUUGAGUUCGCCACCAGGAGCCUCGAUAUCGACGGUAAAAUCAUCAAAGCUCAGAUUUGGGACACCGCCGGUCAAGAGAGAUAUCGUGCGAUUACUAGUGCUUACUACAGAGGAGCAGUAGGGGCAUUGCUUGUAUACGAUGUGACACGUCGCUCGACUUUCGAGAAUGUAAUAAGAUGGCUUAAAGAAUUGAGAGACCACACGGACCCAAAUAUCGUGGUAAUGCUAAUCGGCAACAAAUCGGAUCUUAGGCAUCUUUUGGCUGUUUCGACUGAAGAUGGUAAAGAAUUAGCCGAGAGGGAAUCUUUAUACUUCAUGGAGACUUCUGCUUUGGAAGCAACGAAUGUGGCGAAUGCGUUUAGUGAAGUCCUUUCUCAUAUUCAUAUGAUUGUUAGCAGAAAGGCUGUCGAAGCUGCCGAUGAAGUUGCUACUGCUUCUUCGGUUCCGUCUGUUGGAGAAACUAUUAACAUUAGAGAUGAUGCAUCUACUUGGAAGAAAUUCGGGUGUUGUUCGUCCAGUUAGGGAGAAAUUAAAAAAAAAAAAAACCAGGUUAAUUAAUUACUUUUGCAUAGUGUUUUUUUUUUGUGUACAUAUUAUCAUGUGUCUUUCGGACUUCAUGAUUUUCUAUAUGACUAAUUAUGCGUUGUUUGCAAGUGAGUUUUCUGUCGAUUAUGCAUGCGCGUUUUACUAUGCAUGUAUGCGAGAAAUUGAAUGAGGUGUUGUUCGAAUUUAGUUAGUAUGAUUUCGUAUUGUAUUGAGAGAUUGUGUUUUGAGUU